AUGCACUGCCUCACUCCAAAGGCUGUCACCAUGAUGAUCAUCGCCUGGUUCCUGGCGAUCAUCAUGGUUGGCGUGCAGGGUGUCCCCACCAAUCUGGAUCCUUUCGAGGAGAACUACGAGCUUCGUUGUGGUGAUCUCUACCGCCGUGAUGAUGGUUUGGACAUCACCCUUAGCUGUCAUUGGACCUGGUGUGUCGACCUCUUCCGCUGA